GCUCGGCGGUCUUCACAGCUGGGAGAGAACCCGGCGCAGGCGGCGCGCAUGGGUCCCUGCUGUGCGCGUGCCCGCCGCUCGCGCAGCCCCUCGUCCCGCUCCGCCCUCCAGGUCGUGGUGCCCCCGUCUCCCCCGUCGCCUCCCGUACCCGGGCUCGGGAGCCGGGUCAGGGCAGGGCGGGAGCCGCGGGACUAGCGCCUGAGGAGAAACCAUGGAGCUGAGCAGCAAGAAGAAGCUUCAUGCCCUGUCCCUGGCUGAGAAGAUCCAGGUGCUGGAACUCCUGGAUGAGUCCAAGAUGUCCCAGUCAGAGGUGGCCCGGCGCUUCCAGGUCUCCCAGCCCCAGAUCUCACGCAUCUGCAAGAAUAAGGAGAAGCUGCUGGCGGACUGGUGCAGCGGCACGGCCAACCGGGAGCGCAAGCGCAAGCGGGAGUCCAAGUAUAGCGGCAUCGACGAGGCUCUGCUGUGCUGGUACCACAUUGCCCGGGCCAAGGCCUGGGACGUGACAGGGCCCAUGCUGCUCCACAAAGCCAAGGAGCUGGCCGACAUCAUGGGCCAGGAUUUUGUGCCCAGCAUCGGCUGGCUGGUCCGCUGGAAACGCCGAAACAAUGUGGGCUUUGGAGCCCGCCAUGUACUCUCACCUCCGUUUCCCCCUGAGCCACCUCCUCCAGGCCUCACAUCCCAGACCCAGCCACCUCUUUCCCUUAAAGACUUUUCCCCAGAGGAUGUUUUUGGCUGUGCUGAAGUGCCCUUGCUGUAUCGGGCAGUGCCUGGCAGAGUGGGUGCAUGUGAUCAAGUGCAGGUGCUGCUGUGUGCCAACAGCAGGGGCACAGAGAAGCGGCGGGUUUUGGUCAGUGGGCUCCAUGCUGCACCAAGGUGCUUCUUUGGGGUCAGCAGUGAGGCUCUGCCUGCUUCCUACCACCCCGACCUGGGCAUCCCCUGGUCAGAGUGGCUGGCACAGUUUGACAGGGACAUGGGGAGACAGGGCCGACAGGUAGCCUUGCUGCUGGCUGCCCAAGUGGUGGAGGAGCUGGCAGGACUGCCUGGUCUCUGCCACGUGAAGCUCCUGCCUCUGUCCGCCGCUAGCUCCACACCUUCCCUGCCCAGCUCUGUGGUCCGGGCCUUUAAGGCCCAUUACCGGCACCGUCUGUUGGGCAAGCUGGCGGCUGUCCAGAGCGAGAGGCCUGGCACGUCACUGGCUGAGGCUGGGGCGGGCAUCACAGUGCUGGACGCUCUGCACAUGGCAGCGGCAGCCUGGGCCAAGGUGCCUCCCCAGCUCAUUGUCAGCAGCUUCAUUCAGGAAGGGCUGGCUCCCUGCAAAACUUUACCCCUGUCCCCAGACAAAGCCUCUGAGAUGCCACCACUCCCCCGUGGGCUGAGCCACGAGGAGUUUUCCCGCUUUGUGGACCUGGAGGGCGAGGAGCCCGUGUCUGGAAUGUGCAAAGAGGAGCUGGGCACCGAAGACGAGCAGGAGGCCAGCAAGGAUGGCUUCGAGCCCCUGCCCACCAAAGCUGAUGCCCUCCGAGCCCUGGGCACGCUGAGGAGGUGGUUUGAGUGCAAUGGCACUUCCCCUGAGCUAUUUGGAAAAUUCUAUGCCUGCGAGGAGGAGGUUGAGCGGCUCUGCUGCCUGUGAAGCCCCUGCUGCUCGCAGAGCCCCCUCCCCUCCUGUUUCCCAUGGAAACGCCCUCUGCAGAAGGCAGGUUGGGGGCUGGUCUCUUUCCCGUGGAAAUGGAGCUUUUGUGAAAGGUGUAGAAGGGAGGCAAGUUGGGAGACCAAGUCUAAGCUCUGAGGAAAAAUUUUCCCAGCCCGGAGAAGAGGGGUCCAAAAGGGGCGCUAGGGGGGUGAAGCUAGGCUAGGUAGGUUCUGAACCUCUAGGGAGGCUAGGACUUGAGAAGGUGGAAUUUGGGCUUUACAGAAAGGCUGAUCCCUUGAAUUCUGUGUUAAAAAGUCCUGCUUCUGGAAAUAAAGUUUUUAAUCAGAAAAGACGCCAGGGUGUUAUUUUCAGGGAAGAAGGAUGGAAACUUUCAACUUAGAUUUUUAACUUGAUGGCUGAGGUUUUCUGCGAUGCAGCUGUCUGGGGUUGUCUGUGGGUGGCCAUAGGAAGCCCCUUCUUCCAGAAUUCCAACAGGAAGGACUCCCAGGGAAUGGGGACCCCUCAUCAGCUAACAGACAGAUCCCCAGGAUUGCCCUGGACACUCUGCUGCUCUGCUAAUUUUGCUCUCAUGGCAUGGCGGGGUGGUGUCAGGAAGGAGGGGGACAGGCUAGGAACGUUCUAAGGAAACAGAAAGGAGCCAGAACUUGUCGUUGGUUGUUUUUUGGGGUUUUUUGUUGUUUUUUAAAUUCAUUUGAUCAUUUCACAACAUCUCUUCAGCAAGGCCUCCCGUGUGACGAGGUUACAAAGAUGAUGGCCCUGCUGGGCAGGACCUUGCAGACACUGACAGUGGAGUGUAAUGAUGUGCAAAAUGCUGUGUCCCCGUAGAGCCUGGGAGACUCCUGGAGAGAUGAGUUAUGAGCUGCAACUUGAAGAACAGUGGAGGGGCAGGAAGGACAGUCGAGGCCAGUGGGCAGCAGGCGUGAGGCCGACUGAGAGUGAAGGAGCGGCCGUGCGGCUGACAGAGGGAGGCAGACCUUCCGCCAGAGCCACUGGGAGGCCCCCAGAGCAGGAAGGGCCGGGCUGUUAACCCACAGAGCUUGGGGGUGGGGCACCCCCAAAGAGUUCCAGUCAGGGCAGGAACAGGUCAUUUGUGGAGUACCAAAAAACUGAUACAUGGGGCCGGCUGA